ACAGCUUUUCGCGAAAGCCCUAGAUCCAAGUUUCUUUUUGAUAAGCACCAAUUCCAACACCGCCAAAAUGGUCAAGAAGAGAAAGAACAACGGCCGCAACAAGAAGGGCCGCGGCCACACCAAGCCCAUCCGCUGCAGCAACUGCUCGCGAUGCACUCCCAAGGAUAAGGCGAUCAAGCGCUUCACCAUCCGCAACAUGGUUGAGUCUGCUGCCAUCCGUGAUAUCUCCGAUGCCUCUGUCUUCGCUGAGUACACUGUCCCCAAGAUGUACCUGAAGCUGCAGUACUGCGUCUCUUGCGCUAUCCACGGCAAGAUUGUCCGUGUCCGUUCGCGCGUUGGCCGCCGUAACCGAGCUCCUCCCCCUCGUGUCCGCUACAACAAGGACGGCAAGAAGAUCACCCCCACCGCUGCCCCCAAGGUUUAAAAUGGGUAUGACGGUAAUGGGUUGGACGGAGUCUGGUUUACUUUAACGCCUUCAUGUAAUUGCUUAGAUGAAUACCCGGGACAAAGAGAAUCCUGGAGCCUAAAUGAAUCGGACUUUUUUUUCUUGUUGAAAAGAUCAAUUCUUUGUGUGCCUCUCGCUUAAUGACAGUGACGUGUGGCUUAACAUAUUGGUGAUGCUUUAAAGUAGUAUUCAGUAACCUGAUACCAAUGACGAAAUCCAACAGCUACAGGAUC